GACAAGAGAGAGAGAGAGAGCGCGGGCGCAAAGCGAGCAUCCUGGAAUCCCUGCUACUUUUGUCCCCAAAUGCUAUUUCCGAUUACCGACUGGAAAGCCUCUCGCGGUUUGAUCGGCGAGCGAAGCAUUCGCCGCGAAGUUUUCGCUCAAAAAUCUGCUUCCUUUUCGCCUCUUCUCUCGCACUUCCGCACAAAAAUGAUGUUUCUCACCUCCUCGAAAUAGCCUGCAGGGCGAGGCAUUUGCCAUGGAGUUGUCGGAUGCUUGAGCCACCUUUCUCCCGACCAUUCUCCAGUCGUUUUCUCUGUUUGUUUGGUUUCGGCUUCUUUGGUUCCCGGUCCGCUGGAGGGAGGAGGAGGACGGUGGCCAUGGAGUUGAGCUUGUUGGCGCAGCUGCACGAGCGUCUGCAGGGGUUGGUGUUGACGACGUCGGAUCAUACCUCGGUGGUUUCCAUCAACCUCUUCGUGACGCUGCUCUGCGGAUGCAUCAUAAUUGGUCACCUCCUCGAGGAAAACCGCUGGAUGAACGAAUCCAUCACCGCGCUCGUCAUCGGAGUGUUCACUGGAUUCUUCAUCCUGCUGGUGACGAAAGGGAAGAGCUCGCAUAUCUUCAUCUUCAGCGAAGACCUCUUCUUUAUUUACCUUCUUCCCCCAAUUAUAUUCAAUGCCGGGUUCCAAGUAAAAAAGAAGCAAUUUUUUCACAACUUCAUGACUAUUAUAUUGUUUGGUGCAGUUGGGACAUUAAUAUCCUUUUUCAUAAUUUCCAUCGGGGCAAUUGCAUCAUUCAGAAAAAUGGAAAUCAUCUCAUUAGAAAUCAGAGAUUUUCUUGCAAUAGCAGCAAUCUUUUCUGCGACCGACUCUGUUUGUACAUUGCAGGUUCUUAAUCAGGAUGAAACCCCCUUGUUGUACAGCUUAGUAUUUGGUGAAGGUGUGGUUAAUGAUGCCACAUCAGUUGUACUUUUCAAUGCAAUUCAGAAUUUUGAUUAUGCUCAUAUUGAUGCAAAUAUUAUCUUAAAGUUGUUGGCAAACUUUGGACACUUAUUUUUCUCCAGCACCCUCCUUGGAGCAUUUAGUGGAUUGCUAAGUGCAUACAUCAUUAAAAAAUUGUACAUUGGCAGGCACUCUACUGAUCGUGAAGUUGCACUUAUGAUACUGAUGGCAUACCUUUCCUAUAUGCUCGCAGAAUUGUUAAGUUUAAGUGGCAUUCUCACAGUCUUUUUCUGUGGGAUAGUAAUGUCUCAUUAUACCUGGCACAACGUGACAGAGAGCUCAAGAGUUACCACAAAGCAUGUAUUUGCCACAUUGUCAUUCAUUUCGGAGACAUUCCUCUUCCUGUAUGUAGGAAUGGAUGCAAUGGAUAUUGAGAAAUGGAAGUUCGUUAGUGACAGCCCUGGAAAAUCAAUUGCUAUCAGCUCGAUUCUUCUUGGCUUAGUUUUAGUUGGCCGAGCUGCUUUUAUUUUUCCACUCUCAUUCCUGUCCAACUUAACAAAGAAGUCUCCAGACGAAAGAAUUCAAUUCAAGCAACAAAUUACAAUAUGGUGGGCAGGUCUCAUGCGAGGUGCUGUGUCUAUAGCACUCGCUUACAAUCAGUUUGCAAGAUCUGGUCACACACAACUACGAGGGAAUGCAUUUAUGAUAACCAGCACAAUUACAGUUGUUCUCUUCAGCACGGUGGUUUUUGGAUUGAUGACAAAACCUCUUGUGAGGUUCUUAUUGCCUCACAAUGCAAAGCCCACGAUGAGCAUAUCUUCAGAACCGUCAACACCAAGCUCUCUGCAUGCGCCGCUGCUUUACAAUUUGCAGGGAACAGAUACUGAAGCCGAAGCAGAAUUCGUGCACCGUGGGCCUGGCCUCCGUAUGCUCCUAAGUAAACCUUCUCAUACAGUUCACCACUACUGGCGCAAGUUUGACAAUGCAUUCAUGCGUCCAGUGUUUGGUGGGAGAGGUUUUGUUCCCUUUUUCCCUGCUUCACCUCCUGAUGAGGGCCUUCAAGGGUUGCCAUAAGCUAACAAAGAGCAUACGUUUAAGAGUAAAAAAGGACUGAGUUGGGGGAAAAAAAAGAAGAGAAAAAUUCAAUAGUUUUGCUGAAACUUUCCAAUUUGCGGUGACAGUUCUUAACCUUGACCUCACCAUUGAUCAGUUCUCGUUGGCCUUUCUAGCGGCAGAUCAAUGUGUGAAACAUGCAAAUGUUGUCACUUAGAUACUUGGUUAGUAUUCUGUAAUUUUUGUUUAUAUAUAUAUAUAUACACACAUAUAUUUCUUUUGAAAUUACACGGUGUAUUUUAAAGUCCAAGGUUUAGAGUGUUUAGGCCCAUUUGUUUUAUCUACAAUCCUUUAGGAAUUGACUCUUGUAUGUGAGAAAAAGUGAUUAUGCUCAUCCCAAAUGCCUCUCUCUUGUAUGCAAACAUGAUAUUAUGAAG